UGACCAUGGAUCAUCAUACCGCCUGUGCUCAAGCAUCAUUCAUGUUUCUGUAGGAAUGAGGAGCUGUAUCUGAAUAGGCACCGUGCCCAAAUAUAUCUUGUUCACUCCCUCCACCAUGGCGCCGUCCGUUCAACAAGUCGCCCAAAUCUUCGAGGAUCCGGAGCCUCAACAGAGAGGCCGAAGAGCAAACCACACCCGGACUCCUUCAGUGGGAGACGUCCUGAGAGGCCGUCGAAAGGACAACUGUAGUCCUACAAAGUCCCAGAAACCUUCCAGUCGAGAAGUUGCCAAUUCUGCCAGCCCGCUUGGAGAACGACACAUCAACAGCCCACCACAACCGAAACGAAUUGCAACCAAAUCAGGCGAUGAACCUACCCGCCCUGCCCUGAACCGUACGCACAAAAAGACGGGGAGUUCUGUGUCGUUGAAAGGAAUCAUCUUGGGUAAAGAGAAGAGUGCAGGCACUGGGAGCGUUUCACCCAUUGAUGGUCACACGGCCGACAACAAGCUUAAGAAGGUUAAAUCAGCCAGUAACCUGAGCGGGUUAUUGAAACGGAGAUCCAAGAGAGAUCUUAGAGAAGAAAACAACGGCAGCAAUAGCAACCAAGAAAAUUGCCCGCCAUCGAAGACCACACCCGUCGAGAGUCCCACUCCCAUCUGGGCACAGUUUGCUACUCAACCCUUGGAGGUUGCGGAUGGCACGAUGAUGUAUCCAGUGUCGAACAGAAGGACUGUUGAAGAGGAGAUAAAGCUGUACACCCCCAAAGACUAUUCCGAGUUUCGUCCUUCGGAACAGAGGAAUUUCUAUGGCUACGGGCCCGCGACCCCAUCAUCGUUGGACUAUCAGCCGCCGCAACGACCAUUCUUGGAGCACAAAUCUAGCAGAAGCUCCAUCUUUACAGAAAACAUUAAUGAUGAUGAUGGUGCUGAGGGAGACGUUAAACCGCCAAAGAGUAGGGACCAGCCCAUCAGUCGCCCAGCCUCCUCCAAAGCUGAAGGCCAUUCCAAUGCUCAAGUCCAAUCUUCAACACCAGCUCAAGCAGAUUCGAAAGCCAAAUUAGGCUCGAGAGUCUUCGAAGCAAUCCAAACCUUCAAUAUGAGAGCCCGCAAGGACGCUCGCUCGACCCCGGAGACGCCGAACACCGCAACCUCUCCUCUUAGCCCUCAAGAACUGGACUCGGCUUUCGAGAAGGUGUUGGAUUCUCUGAACAUUCCACUGAAUAUGCGGGAUAACAUGCGAAAUCUCAAGCCAGAUGUGAAGGCAGGCUUGAUGAAAGGUGAUCGGAUUGGCAGUGGUUCAUCCACGGCGUCAGCUUUGACUGAUAGCUCAGAGGUUAGCUCAUCCGCUCGGAACUCUCACCGAAAGGAGAAUGAAAGACCGAAGAGUGAGGGUGAGGAGAGCAAGGAAGGCAGACGAACCCGGUCUCGAUCUCGUCCUCGAAGUCGAAUCUUGACUCUGACCCGGCGCGAGGAAGACUCCCCCACAAAGGCAGACAGGCCAAGUUCGUCCUUGAGAUCACGCAGCAAAUCCAGAAACAAAUCCACCGACCUGACCAGCUCCAGGCCAACGUCGGUGAAAGCCAUGGCCUCGACCGUGUCGUUGGCAUCCCUCAAUCCGGCAGACAGCGCCACCACUCCUGGAGAUUUCAUCCAUUACCUUCGGGAGGUACAGAAGCCCGCGCUGGUCGAAGUAAGCAAGCUGCACAAACUGAGGAUUCUCUUGAGGAAUGAGUCAAUCUCUUGGACGGAUCAUUUCGUGAGCAAGGGCGGCAUGGACGAACUCGUUCAACUCUACUACCGGAUCUCUAAGAUCGAGUGGCGCGAAGAACAUGAAGACAACCUCCUUCACGAGGCGCUGCUGUGCUUGAAAGGAUUAUGCACCACCUCCCUUGCCUUACAACGUCUGCAGCAAGUGGAAAAUGAAUUCUUCCCGGCACUCUUGCACAUGCUAUUCGAUCCAGAGCGGAAGGGUCCGUCAGAGUUCAACACCAGAGGCGUCAUAAUCUCGCUCCUUUUCGCUCACUUAUCAGCCGAAGUCGGCUCUGUUCAGGAGGCUGUUCAUGGACGAGCACGGAAGAUCCUUGGGUUCCUCAGGGAUCCUGCACCGGAGGAUGGCAAGCAGCCGCUUGACUUUGUGUCGCAAAUGCAUACUCCUCGGCCUUACCGAGUCUGGUGCAAAGAAGUUGUUAAUGUCACGAAGGAAGUGUUUUGGAUAUUUCUGCAUCACCUCAAUGUUAUCCCCAUCGUCGAGGUUGAUGAAUCAAUGGGGUAUUGUCGAGCACACUUUCCCCCUCCUCGACCACCCCACCCGGCCGCUCCGUACGUUGGAGGAGUUGAAUGGGAAGCGACGCAGUACCUCGCGACCCACCUGGACCUGUUGAACGGGUUGAUAGCCUGUCUCCCGACCGCGACCGACCGUAAUGCACUGCGGGAGGAGCUCAAACAAUCCGGAUUCGAGAAAGUGAUGGGGGGUAGCCUUCGAACAUGCAAAGAGAAGUUCUAUUCUGGAGUCCAUGAAGGCCUGAAGUGUUGGGUUGCGGCGGCCAAGGCUGACGAGUGGGCGGUGGAAGACGUCAGAGCAGGACCACCGAGAGAGACAGCCAGCCCAAGGAAGAGUCCGGUCAAGAAGAGGAGUGACGAACCCCCGCAACUGGCAUUGGAUGUAGGCGUUGGCCAGGGACAGGCGUCAAAAGUUGAUGAGGGAUGGAUUUGAAGCUCUGACGCCGUGUGGGGGCACGGAGACAAGCAGACUUUGUUGACAAUGAGUUGUUUGGAUGGGUUGUUGGAAAGGGAAGAGGUCAUGACCUGACGACUUUACUGUUCCGUGCAAGGAUCCGUCAUUGUUUGUAAGCGAAGUUAUGAAUGAUUAUUAGCCAUUGGCGUAAUGGGCUUGGUCCUGAAUGCAAGCGAGGUUUCCCAGUCCGAGAACCCUAUGGUGUUGUGGAGAGGAAAAAGACCGAGGGGUAGCUU